AUGUCGACCACUACCGAUCUCGUAUCUCUGGAAGAUACGCCUCUUACCACGCCUCAGAGCCACGAGCCGAACUCACUUUUGGACGACAAUCAACCAGAACAAAUCUCGAAUACUCCAGCUCUCCCCGUAUUGACACCCGAAAGGAUUGCACUGAGGGUGAAAACCAACCAGUACCGCAAAUCCGUCGAUUUCCACCCUUCGGUUUCUGGUUCUAGCAGUCCUAUCAUGUCCCCUCGUCACGCAAAAAGGUCUUCUAUGAGUUUUCCCGUCAAUGUCACGCCAUCAUACUACCCUUCAACACACUAUAGCCACCUCCGAAGCCCAAUUCAACACACCUCGGCUGCUUCCGAAUCUGUAACGACUGCUCAGGUAGUUUCUGAUCAAGUUGAGCCGGCUAGUGAUCCUAUCGGCUUCUUGACCGUUCUCGCAGGCCAAGAACGUAGGGUCCUAGAACUCAAGGAAGAAUUGCUAAAGGCAGAUGUUGAGCUUGAAAAACUUAAGCGGAAAUGGGCGCUCCACGAAGCCACUCGCAAGAGAUCCGAAUCUGCUACGGUUGAGCAGAUUAGAAAUCUAGAACUUGCGGAUGAGACUAAAAAGCACGCUCGUAGAAAGUCUAUCGGAGCGGCGAGGUCUAGCAAACGGACGACGACGUUCAAUGAUAAUACUAAACAUCAAAGAACGCUGUCAUUGUUGGCACCUAAUGGACAGCAGGCACAUUCUUUCCCACAACCUGCAGAUGUCGACGAGCCGUUGAAGCCUACACUCCCAAGGAGGGCAAACACGGUCAAGGAGACAUCGUCGAGUUCUAUGCUUUACGAGGGUGGUUAUGAGAAGUCGAUCUAUGAGCCGAGAACGGGGAAGAGAGUUGGUCACCAAGAAGCACUCAUCGCAACUGGCAAGCAGAUGGCAGAGGAUUUCAAGGAGGGCUUGUGGACAUUUAUUGAAGACCUCCGACAGGCUACUGUGGGCGAGGAGAUGCCCGGCGGCGCUGGAGCUCAGAAACCGAAAGAAUCUGUUACUCCAAGUACAACUCCUCUAAAGAAAAAAAAUAGCAAGGUCAAUCUCAAAAUCACUCCAGUUUCCGGCUCGGCACUUGCAGCCAAGUCCAAGGCUUCAAAGAAAUAUAAGUCAGGACCGAAGGCGACGAAGCUAGUCGAUAUUGGAGAUGAUUUCUGGUCGGAGAUGGACCCUGAUGGCCCUUUGAGUUCCAAGAGCAAGGAAGUCGAGGAGAUCGACUUUUUCAAGCAUCCUGCUCUGCCGACAACCUACAAGAAGGGCCAUGUUAAGCCAGAGUCUGUCCGAUGGUCUUCCAGCACCAUCGUCUCUGAAAUGGGCAGCGACAUCAUGUCCCCCGGUGCAUUUAGCUCCCCACGCACCAGCACCAGCUCUCGCUCUCGUUCAUCUUCUCCUCAUCACAAAUUCAUCAACAGCGAGCCAUUCCCCGAGAAGAGUCCGGCGGAGUUGAUCCAGUCGCUAGCCGACACACAACAAGCGACAUGGGGCAUGAUCUCCGCUCCAUUGGGAAAUCUUAAAAGGACCGCCACAGCGGUUUUGACACAAAUUGAAAAGGGACUCGGACCACCACCUGCCAUACAGGGCUCCUACUAUGAUUUGGAGAACGCCAGACACGCUGUUACCACAGACCACACCAAGACUAAAAAGCAACAUUAA